UACAUAAUAAGCACUCCCGCUUUUCCCUUUUCUUUUCGCCCUAAAUAUUUUCCUGAUUUUGAUCUCCGAUUUACUACGGUGAUUCUCAGGGAUAGGAGAAUGAGUUACUUGGCUUUUGUGGGUAAGAGUCUUGGGUUCAUGUGUGCAGAUUUGGAAGUUCAAAGUCAGGAGAUUGACAUAGAAGAAGAAAAUGUUAAGUUCUGGGAAUAAUUUAAGCCGAGGGAAUGCAGGAUUGCCCUCUGAUAUGCCACCAUUGCUUCAGUGUUUGCCUCUGGAGCCGAUUACAUUGGGGAGUCAGAAAUAUACACGGCCUGGAGAACUAAGCCGUGUUCUAGGUCUUGCUCUUCGAAGUAGUACAUCAGGGGAUCACUCUUUUGGAGUUCCACACUCCAAACUUUCCCCUCCUGUGGCAACGGAGGAGCUUAAGAACUUUAAGGAAAGUGUUCAAGAUGUUUCAAGAAAGGCCAGGGAUAGAGUGAAGAAGUUGCAGGAGUCUAUUUUUAAAUUGGAAAGGUAUAGAGAAGCCUUAGCCUCAAAGAAGCAGCAACGAAGUGAUAUUUUGAAUGAGAGAACUAGUGGAGUAACCAUUGCAAAGGUGGGAAGCCAGAUUAAUAGAAACACUCAUGAAAUAAUGAACCGAAGACCAGAGGAUAGGCCAAAGGGUGUGGGGCUCAACAAGCGUGUACGCACGUCAUUUUCCGAUUUACGGGCUGAUAACAGGACUGCUGUGAAUCCAAGGCAGCAGGGGGUAGUAGAAAAGGAUGGUGAUGUGCUUCCAGCUGUUAAUGGGGGUUCUGCUCAAAUUGAAGAAAAGAUCCGCAGAUUGCCAGGUGAAGGGUGGGAGGCAAAGAUGAAAAGGAAACGGUCUGUUGCAGCUGUAGGAAAUAGAAUUGCCAAUGCUGGUCGCGAUAUAAGACGAGCUAGUCAACCAAAGCUGAUCUCUGAAUCAAAGUUGCAGUCAUGUGAUACACUUGGUUUCAGAUCGAAAUCUUCAUCUGGAGUUGGUGGAAUUAACAGGCCACAUGGUUCAUUUGAAGCUGCUGGUUCAGAGGCGAAUACAGUACUCAGGAAUGAAUUGGAGAGUACAUCUAUUCCACGGGAUCGUGCAGCUAUGUUGGAGCAGAGGGUUGUAGUAAAAACAAAUAAUAAGGCAAGUCUUCAGGAGGACAAUCAAGCAUGUGGCUCGAGUACAAUGCUAAAAGGGAAGGUUUCCAGGGCACCAAGAACUGGGUCCAUCAUGGUGUUAGACUCAUCUUCUAAAGUACACCUAUCAUCAGGAGCUUUGCAGGGUUGGGAACAGCCUAAUCUAAAUAAGAUCCAAGCUUCAGGUGUUGUGAACAAUAAAAAACGUCCAAUGUCUACAGAUUCACCAUCACAUGCUAUAUCCCAGUGGGGUGGUCAGAGACCACAUAAGAUCUCACGAACAAGGAGAGCGAAUUUAGUGUCCCCUGUGGCUAAUGCUGAAGCUCAGAUUUCAUCUCAAGGCUUUGCAACACCUGAUUUUGGUGCUAGGGCAUCUAUUGGAACUGGUGGAUCUCUUCUUCGCAGCAAUGUAGAUAAUGCUCCUCCAAAUAUAAAGCGGGAACUUGAGAACGUCUCUUCUCCAUUUGGGUUAUCUGAGAGUGAAGAAUCAGGGGCCGGAAAUAACAAAUCAAAAGAAAAAGGAAUUGAUACUUGUGAGGUUACUAUUCCUGCAUCUCAGAAAGCUGAGGCUUUCUUUUUGCCCACAAGGAAGAAUAAAAUUACAAAUGAAAUUGGAGAUGGAGUUCGAAAGCAAGGAAGGAAUGGAAGCAGUGCAUCACCCUUGACAAAACCAAGUGUACAUCCUAUAAGGGAGAAGUCAGACAAUCUUAAAACGACCAAGAUAAUUCAAAGUGUGAGAUCUGCUUCCGACAAAAAUAGAAGUAAAACAGGUCGCCCACCUUCCAAAAAGCUGAAAGAUCGCAAGGCCUCAACUCGUGUUGGUUCGAUGCUAAAUAAUGUUUCUUCAGAUUUCACAGGUGAAUCUGAUGAUGAUGACCAUGAUGAACUAUUUGCAGCUGCCACUUCUGCGCGUAAAGCUAGUGGUCUUUCUUGUUCUGGUCCUUUCUGGAAGAAAAUGGGAUCUAUUUUUAAUUCACUGAGCUCAGAGGACACAUCUUACGUCAGGCAACAGCUAAGUUUGGCAGAAGAACUUGAUGAGAGUUUGUCUCAAAUUUUUGGAGAUGGAUUUAAUGUUUUGGGUGUUGCUGUGCAGAAAGAUGCGCCUGAUUCCGUUGAAGAAGUGGCCAAAAUUAAUGCUGCAAGUGAAAGAUUUGAUAUAAAAAAGUUUGACAAGACUACUCCUUUAUAUCAAAGAGUUCUUUCUGCUUUGAUUGAAGAAGAUGAAAGUGAAGAAAUUUACCACCGCAAUGAAGCAAAGAACAUGUCGCUUCACUAUGCAAGUGAUGAUUCCCAUUGUGGUUCAUGCAACCUGAUGGAUGUUGAAUUUAGAGAUAGAGACAGAAUUGAAUCUGAAGUAGAGUCAAACCCAGAUUUUCAGUGUCAGAAGAACUCUCUGUUAGACAGGAUGUCUGGCGAUGUGAGUGUUGCAUCAAACACAUUUAGGAACUGCAGCAUGUCUAAUUCAUUACAUAGCAGUGAACGGUGGCUGGGAGAUGGUGAUUUAUCACAUAUGGAUACGGGUCCCAUAAGUGAAAUAUGUUCAACUGACAUGGGUCAGCUCCAACAUAAGGAAAUAAAUGUUUCUGACAGCUCUUUUGACUGCCAGUAUCAGUUGAUGUGUAUGGAUGACAAGCUUUUGCUAGAAUUGAAUAGUAUUGGUAUUUAUCCCGAGUCCUUGCCUGAUUUGGCGGAGGGGGAGGAAGCAAUAAAUAAAAAUGUUGUUGAACUUAAUGAAUGUCUCUAUCAACAGAUUCGGCAGAAGAAGAAGAAGUUGGGGAAGAUUGAUAAAGCUAUUGAGAAUGGGAGAGAUGUAGAAAAAAGGGACAUUGAGCAUGUUGCAAUGGACCAAUUAAUUGAGACGGCUUACAGGAGUCGUUUGGCAUGUCGUAGGAGUAAUUUGUCAAAAAGUGCAGUUCGUAAGGUGUCAAAACAAGUUGCAUUAGCUUUUGUGAAGCGAACUGUUGAGAGAUGUCGGAAAUUUGAACAGACAGGCAAUAGUUGCUUUAGCGAACCUGCUUUGCAAGAUAUCAUGUUUUCUGUACCUCCACGCAGCAAUGAAGCAAAAUCUGUAGAUUGCAUUGGCUCCGGAACUGCUAGUAAUAUUUGUAAUGAAACUUCCAACCACCAAGCAGAAGCCAGGGGCUCGGUUGCUGUUUCGAGUACUUAUGAGAGGAAUGAUUCCUCGGAGGCUCUUCCAGCCAUUCAAUCAUCUGAGCACGUUGUUUCCAAGUAUGGAUCUGUGUUGAACAAAGGGAGGAAGAGGGAAGUACUUAUCGAUGAUGUUGUUGGUAGUGCUUCGUCUAGGGUAACAUCGACUCUUGAUGGCAGUGUCGGAAGAGUAAACGGAAGGGAGCAAAGCAGAGAGAAUUUACAAAAUACUAGUUCAAAGGAGGAACGGAAAACAAAGGCAAACGCCAAUCAAAAGAACAGUCAUCGAUCGAGUUGUGGAAAUGGAUUCAACGGAAGGCUUACAGAAACUUUGAAGCCUACGGAUAAGAUUCAUCAGAAUUCAAGUAAAGAAACAGAGGAGGGAAUGGAUUUUGGAAACUUGCAACUAAACGAGUUGGAUACGAUGGAAGAAUUGGGUGUUCCAAAUGAGCUUGGUGGUCCUCGAGAUCUGAGUUCGUGGCUAAACUUCGAUGAGGAUGGCUUGCAAGACCAUGAUUCAAUAGGUUUAGAAAUACCGAUGGAUGAUCUCUCUGAUUUGAAGUUUGCAUUCUAAUAUUGUAUUUAUCUAAUAAGUUAGGUUUCUAAUUUAGCAGCCUAUCCGAACAGAGCAAGUGUAACUAUGAUUCAUUUUUCUGUGUAUAAAAUCAAUUAUUCAACCCAA